AUGGCAUCUCAACAAGAGAAGAAACAGCUAGACGAGAGGGCGAAGAAGGGUGAGACCGUCGUACCAGGUGGUACUGGAGGCAAAAGCUUUGAAGCUCAACAGCAUCUCGCUGAAGGGAGGGCCAGAGGAGGGAAUACGAGGAAAGAGCAGUUAGGAAGUGAAGGAUAUCAGCAGAUGGGUCGCAAAGGAGGUCACAGAAACCGAGACAAGUCUAGUGGAGAAGAUGUCGAUGAGGGAGAGGAGAUGGACGAACCCAAAUCCAGGACUAGGACCCAGUCUUAA